CCCACCCACCCAACGACCCCACAAAAAAAGUCUUGUAUUCCUUCUUCUUAAGAGGUCCUUCAUCAGUCUUUAAAAUCAUCACAUACCUUCUAAUUUUCUCCAACUCAACAAGAACGUCUCCCCCAAGUUACAGCUCUAAUGGGUCUUGAUCACGAUGCCAGUAACCCAGGCCUUCACCUCGCUCUAGGCUUAUCUUUGACUACCACCAACACUUCAAAGGAAACCACCACAACCACCACCACUUCAUCACCUAAGCCAACAGUAAUGAAGCCUUAUUCCUCUAAAGAACCAUCUUUAACGCUGGGUCUCUCCGGGAACAACAAGGUUUAUUGUGAGGACCCUCUUGAGUUAUCAAGACAGACUUCACCUCACAGCGACGUGGUUUCGUCUUUCUCAACAGCAAGGGUGGUCAAGAGGGAGAGGGUUGAUCUUAGCUGUGAAGAGAUAGAGGCAGAAGAGAGGCUCUCUUCAAGAGUCAGCGAUGAAGAUGAUGAUGGCACCAAUGCCAGAAAGAAGCUCAGGCUCACCAAAGAACAAUCUGCACUCCUAGAAGAGAGCUUCAAACAGCACAGCACUCUCAAUCCUAAACAAAAGCAAGCCUUAGCUAGACAGUUGAAUCUCCGGGCUCGACAAGUUGAGGUGUGGUUCCAAAAUCGGAGAGCCAGAACAAAGCUGAAGCAGACGGAGGUGGACUGUGAGUUCUUGAAGAAGUGUUGUGAAACGUUAACCGACGAAAACAGGAGGCUGAAGAAGGAGCUGCAAGAGCUGAAGGCGCUGAAACUAGCACAGCCCUUGUACAUGCCUAUGUCUGCAGCCACCCUCACCAUGUGUCCCUCAUGCGAGAGGCUCGGCGAUGGUGGUUCCAAUAUUAAGAGCCCUUUCACCAUCACUCCCAAGCCUCACUUCUUCAAUCCCUUCACUCAUCCUUCUGCAGCGUGUUGAUUAUGGACUUCACUUAGGUUCACUUUUCAGAAACCAGACGUAAAAAGGAGGAGAAAAAUACAUGAGGAUCCCCCACAACCUUUGUAUUUUUUUGGUUGAGGGGUGUGUGUAAUUAGCUAAGGGAAGUUGUAAUUAGCUAAUACUGUAGAAAGUAGUAACGGGUUGAUUAAAUUUUCUUUUUUGUUUUUCCACUCCCAAUCAUUAUCGUUAUAGAAUACAUAGAUCUAUGAAGAAGUUAGUAUUUUUUUCA